GAGAUGCUGCUGCCUGUGGAUGACAGCUGAAACAAGUGCACGCACUUCUCCCACACUGGAACACGGACAAGAUCUGCAUUUCCCUGCCGCUGUACUGUUUUUAAUCUGUCCUGCAGCAGACGAGCCUCUUGCUGAUACUAAAGCAGCUCUGUGCGCGACCAGGAAACUGCAGUGCGUGCGAUGACAGACUCGGAGCUGGACGGAAAGACGGAGGUCAAACAAGGCACAAAAUAUGUCAAAGAGACCGAGAACGUGGCGGAGAAAUAUUCCGCGUUGACUGUGAGCAAAAACAGCAGCGACGUGAACAUGAACGUGGGUGAAGUGUCCUCGGCCGCGUUCUCCGCAGUGCCUUCUAUGAAAUCCGUCAAGAAGAUCCAAUUUGUGAACGCAGAGGACAAACAAGAAUUCAGCAAGUUCCCAACCAAAGCUGGCCGCCGCUCUCUGUCCCGUUCCAUCUCACAGUCCUCCACAGACAGCUACAGCUCAGCUGCGUCUUACACAGACAGCUCUGAUGAUGAAACGACUCCCAGGGAAAAAACCCAGACCAACAGUCGCGGCAGCAAUGAUUUCUGUGUCAAAAACAUCAAACAGGCUGAAUUUGGCCGCAGGGAAAUUGAAAUUGCUGAGCAAGACAUGUCCGCUCUUAUCUCCCUGAGGAAGAGAGCCCAGGGGGAGAAACCUUUGGCAGGGGCUAAGAUUGUGGGCUGCACCCACAUCACUGCUCAGACUGCAGUGCUGAUUGAGACUCUGGUGGCUCUGGGGGCCCAGUGUCGCUGGACAGCCUGUAACAUCUACUCCACACAGAACGAAGUGGCUGCUGCUCUGGCGGAGACAGGAGUACCUGUGUUUGCCUGGAAGGGAGAGUCAGAGGAUGACUUUUGGUGGUGCAUCGACCGCUGUGUCACCAGUGAUGGCUGGCAGGCUAAUAUGAUUUUGGACGAUGGUGGAGACCUAACACAUUGGGUUUAUAAGAAGUAUCCCAGCACAUUCAAAAAGGUCCGAGGUAUCGUUGAGGAGAGUGUCACCGGAGUGCACAGAUUGUACCAGUUAUCUAAAGCUGGAAAGCUGUGUGUUCCUGCAAUGAAUGUGAACGACUCAGUGACUAAACAGAAGUUUGACAACCUCUACUGCUGCCGUGAAUCCAUCCUGGACGGCCUGAAGAGGACCACUGAUAUAAUGUUUGGGGGCAAACAGGUGGUGGUUUGUGGUUAUGGAGAGGUGGGUAAAGGCUGUUGCACUGCUCUCAAAGCUCUCGGGGCCAUUGUGUGCAUAACAGAGAUCGACCCAAUCUGUGCCCUGCAGGCCUGCAUGGAUGGUUUUCGAGUGGUGAAGCUGAGCGAGGUCAUCCGGCAGAUGGACGUGGUGAUCACCUGCACUGGUAACAAAAAUGUUGUCAGCAGAGAGCAGCUGGACAGAAUGAAGAAUGGGUGCAUCGUCUGUAACAUGGGACACUCAAACACUGAAAUUGAUGUGGCCAGUCUGCGCAGCCCAGAGCUCACCUGGGAGAGGGUCCGCUCUCAGGUGGACCACAUCAUCUGGCCCGAUGGGAAGAGGGUGGUCCUGCUAGCAGAGGGUCGCCUCCUAAAUCUGAGCUGUUCUACAGUGCCUACCUUUGUUCUGUCCAUCACUGCAACCACACAGGCUCUGGCUCUGAUCGAGCUGUUCAAUGCCCCAGAGGGACGCUACAAGCAAGAUGUGUAUCUGCUGCCCAAAAAAAUGGAUGAGUAUGUGGCCAGUCUGCACUUACCGAACUUUGAUGCUCACCUCACUGAACUGACAGACGAACAGGCCAAAUACAUGGGCCUCAAUAAGAACGGACCCUUCAAACCCAACUACUACAGGUAUUAAUGAAAAAUGUCCUCUCUUGUAGCCCUGAUAAACAGAGACCUAUAUUUUAGAUUUUAAGAUGGAACAAAAGAAAGAUUAUUUUACACAUGAAUGUAACUUAUUAAUAAUAGUUUAGAUGUGAAAUAUAACAUAAUAUUUUAAAGAUAUAUAUGAUGUACAACAUCCUGUAACCAAUACAGUUUUAAAUGUCUUGUUAUGUAAACCCUGCUUGCAUGCUCUAUGUAUACGUUUUUACUUUCACCUUUUCCACUUUUUAUUUGUUUGUUUACUUUUGACACACAGUGCCAAAAUGUGGCCUAAAGGAAACAUAGCAUAGUCUCUUUUAUUUUCUGUUUAUAAUUAUUUCUUUGAAUGGUAUCGGCAUGCGGGCCUUAAAAGGUAAUAUCCAGCCAAUACUCUGUUUUAAACUCUGACUCACUAGGCGAGCGAAUCAACGAUUAUGUAAUGGCAUGUACUGUUCUGCAUGGAUGUUUAUCAUGAAUAAUAAUAUCAAUGAAAGAAAUGCAUGUUUAGAUGAGUGUUUGUAUGGAGUCGCUUUUGUUAUAUUUAGCCAUGACAUAGUACCGGAUAUUACCUUUUGGGAUUAGCAUGAAUGUGCCUUUAAAUACAAAUGAUCAGCACUGACCUUAAUACAUUCCUUUGAAGAUAUCACACUUUUAUUUCUUUUCUUCGAUAAAAAUAUAUAAUGAAUUUACCUAGAUUUUAUCUUUGCCAUUCAACUGUCAAUGUCUUAUAUUGAUCACUGAAAAUAUUUUAAAUGAUUACAAUGCAAGUGUGUUAAAAUGAAAGUGCAAUAAAGCUUUUACCAAUGAAGA